GUUGUAGAGCGAGUAUUUUGCGUAAUAUAUUAAUCUUAAAAUAUGUAUGAAAUUAUGAAUAAAAAUGGCUGUACCUUUUGAUAUGUUGUUACAUCCAGAAUUAUUGUCAAAUGAGCAGUUAAUACAAGUCAUUCGAGAGAGGCAUUUACGAAUAAAUAAUUUACAAAUAAAGGCAAGAGACGAGCUUUUAGAUCUAUUUCAUCAAUUUUGUGUUCCGUAUGGGCAAAGAAAAUAUCGUGAUUCGGGUCGAGGUAAAAUUUUGAACGAAGUCCGUAUGUCGAACGCUGAGUCAGCCAAGAACUUGGAUGCGAUAAAUAACAAUUAUAUUAAUAACAGAAAAAAGUCAUAUUCAAACACUGAAAGAUUAAAACCUUCAUCUGAUAUGCUCUCUGGUCAGAUGAAAAGGAUUAAGCUAGACGGCAAUAAUAUCGCUUUUAAUAAUAGCCAUAACAACAAGAGGAAGAUGUCCAUUGAUGCUGUAAACUCUCCCACUGGCAGUCCACCAAUAAAAAAAGAAAGAAAACCAAUAACAUGGCCGUAAUUGCUCAAGGGUAUAUAAACUAUAAAAAUCAUGUAAUAUAAUUUUAAAUUUUAACCUUUACAAUGAAGGUAAACAUUAUCUAUAUAACAAAUGAACCUGUAAUUUAAGUUAUAUGUAUGUCACAAUGGAUUCUCAAAUCCCUAGCAAUCUGUACUACUGUAAAAUAUAUGGAACUGUUGUAUCAUUUUACAUGAAAUCAAGUUUGUAAGAAUAUUACCAGUGUUAUUUUAAAGUACUACUAAACUAGAAUGUGCCUACAAAUCAAAAUGAACAUAUUCUUUAUGUGAUCUGUGGUCUCUAAAAAAUUUUUUUUAAUCAUUAUAACUGUUUAAAACAAAAACACCAUUACAUUUUGUGUGAAUUUAAUAUGAAGAUUUUUAAAUUGUCUCAUCUAAAUGUCUUGCACACCUGGAUGUACAACUUUUAAAUAAUAUAAUAAUAUUCUGAUAAUCAAGUUUUAUCCACAUCUAUAUGUUGUUUGUUACUUACAAUUUUUACAUCUAUAUCAUAAUAAUGUAUGACAUUUUGAAUAGUCAUUUGCCCUAUAUAUAUAUAUAUCCUGUCAAAAGUAAUGAUGCUACAGUGGUGGAUGGUAACUCAUGGGUAUGAUUAUAAUUGCUUUUCAGAUGCUGUAAUUAUUUUUUUCUGAUCGUCCAAAAAAGAAAUGGGAAGAUGUACAUAGAAAAUUAAUUAUGCAAUAAGACAGAGUGAAAUGUAUUUUUGGUGAUGAAAAUAAAUGAUUUAACCAAUUUUGGUGCAA